CGACUGAACAGCACUAUUUCCGCCACAUAUAAAGAGUCGGAAGUUGAACUCCAUCACACACAUGAAACGGUGGUAGUAAGUUCUUCAGCGGUCUGUCAACAAAAUAUAUGACAAUGUCUGCAUGUGCACUGAGAGUGUUUCUCCAGCGAGCGUCUGUGAUGCGUAACGCGGCGUCAUUCAGUCACGCGAGAGCGUUUCCUCAACGCGUGACCGCGAGCAGACGAAUAAACACAUCAAAUUCACUAAGGGCUGAGGAGAAGGUGACGGUUCACUUUCUGAAUCGAGAUGGAAAAAGGAUCACGGCGAAAGCUUUAACUGGAGAAUCACUACUCGAUGUGGUUGUUAACAAUGAUCUAGAUAUUGAUGGAUUUGGUGCAUGUGAGGGAACUUUGGCCUGCUCUACGUGCCACCUUAUUUUCGAGGAGGCCGUUUAUAAGAAGCUUGGAGCUGUUUCUGACGAGGAAAUGGACAUGCUGGACUUGGCUUAUGGGCUUACAGACACAUCUCGCCUGGGCUGUCAGGUGUGUUUGAGGAAGGAUCUGGAGGGGAUGAUUCUGCGUGUGCCAGACGUGAUAUCUGACGCUCGAGUUGACAGUGAAAAAGAGUCCUUCACAGCCCCCCCCAAAUAAUCUAUCAAAUAAAGCCUAGCUGUAUCUCAUAAACACUGCAUUAUGGAUAUAUCUUUAAUAACAAGUAUUUUAAUAUGUACUAUUUUAAUAGAAAACAAAAUUUUAAAUGAUAACAUUUAUCGUUUAAUAUUAUUUCCAUGCUGCCAUAAGUAGUUUUUAUAAAUUUGGUGAUUGUCAUUUUUUUAUUCUGCAAUUCUUUGUGUCACAAUGAGAGGUGGGGAUAUCUUGUUGUUUUACAUAUUGAAUGCAGAAAUAACUUUAACUGAUUUAUUUCAAUAAAUAUGUUGUUUAACUUUUUAA